UUCGACAUGUGUGCCGCUCAGACUUAUGAAUUUGCUUCUGAUUCUAAGCGAAUUUUGAACCUCUUUUGCAAUUCCAUUUAUAAAUAUCCCGAAACUGCUAUCAGAGAACUUAUUUCAAAUUCUUCCGAUGCUCUAGACAAGAUUCGCUUUCAGAGUCUAAGUGAUCCCUCAAAGCUCAGUACUGGCGAGGAACUCAAAAUUGAUGUUAGUUUCAUUAAUAAAAUAUGUUUAGAUAUUCCAGACAAAGCCGAGGGAACCUUAACAAUCAUUGACACCGGAAUUGGAAUGACCAGAUGUGAGCUUAUUAAGAAUCUUGGAACCCUCGCUCAUACAGGAACUAGAGCCUUUUUGGAAUCUCAGACGGAGGGUAACGAUUUGACCAUGAUUGGACAGUUUGGUGUCGGAUUUUAUUCGGCCUUUCUGAUUGCUGAUUAUGUCAAAGUAAUUAGCAAAAGUAACGACGACGACGCACACUUGUGGGAGAGCACAUUAGAUGGGACAUUUAAUGUGAGCACAUGUGAUCCUUAUCCGGGUUUUAACCGUGGAACUGCUGUUAUUCUCAAAUUGAAAGAAGAUAAACUUGAGUUUGCAGAGGAAAAGAGACUCAAAGAAGUCGUAAAGAAACAUUCUGAAUUCAUCUCCUACCCAAUAAAUUUGAGAGUCCUUAAAGAGCGUGAAAUUGAAGUUACUGAUGACGAGGAAGAAGGCGAGAAAGAAGAUGAUAAGCCGAAAAUAGAAGAAUUGGACGAAGAAGAGAUGGAGAAGGCUGAAGAGAAUAAAGGAAAGAAGACGAAAAAGAUCAAGGAAAAGCAUAAUGAGAUGGAAAUGCUUAAUAAAGUCAAGCCGAUUUGGACUAGAAGUCCCUCAGAUAUUACCGAGACUGAAUACGCCGAGUUCUAUAAGUCGAUUUCAAAUGAUUGGGAAGAACAUUUGGCAGUGAAGCACUAUUCUAUGGAAGGACAGUUGGAGUUCACAAUUCUCAUUUAUGUGCCUAAGAGGGCUCCUUUUGACCUUUUUGAAACAAAGAAGAAGAAAUCUGGAAUCAAGUUAUAUGUCCGAAGAGUCUUUAUAAUGGACGAGUGUGAUGAGCUUGUCCCUGAAUAUAUGAACUUUUUGAAGGGGUUGGUUGAUAGCAACGACUUGCCUCUCAACCUUUCAAGAGAGACGUUGCAGAGCAAUACAGUUCUCAAAGUUAUUAGAAAGAACAUUGUUAAAAAAGUUUUGGACAUGUUACUCGAAAUGAAACAAAAUAAAGAGUUGUAUGCGAAAUUUUACGAACAGUACCACAAGAGCGUCAAGCUUGGUAUCCAUGAGGAUUCCACCAAUCAGGAGACACUGGUUGAGCUUGUAAUGUUCAAGUCGAAUAAAUCAGGAACAGAAUUAACUGAUUUUGAUUCCUAUGUGAAGAGAAUGAAGGAAAAGCAAAAUGAGAUCUACUAUAUAUGUGGUGAGGAUGUUGCCUCCGUUUCGUUGAACUCGUCCAUUGAGCAGCUGAAUAGAAAGGGAUAUGAAGUUUUGUAUCUUGUUGAUCCGAUUGACGAAUAUGCAGUUCAGAAAAUCAAAAAUUAUAAGGGGAAUAACUUGGUUGAUGUUACCAAAGAGAACUUUAAACUCCCGGUUGACGAGGAUGAGCAGAAGAAAUUAGAGGAAUUGAAAGAAGAGUUUAAACCUCUUUGUGAAAAGAUCAAGGCUCAUCUUGGAACAGCUAUUGAAGAAGUCUAUGUCAGUAAUCGUCUUCAGAAGUCGCCCUGCUGCAUUGUAACCUCUCAAUAUGGGUGGUCUGCUAACAUGGAAAGGAUCAUGCAAAAUCAGGCCCUUCGUGACAAGUCCACAAUGGGAUAUAUGAGUGCAAAAAAGAAGAUGGAGCUUAAUCCUUACCAUCCUAUUAUUAUUGGUUUGCAAAGGGAAAAUAAAGAAAACGAAAAUUCUACUGCUUUGCUUAAAUCUAUUGAUUUGCUUCAUACUCAAGCUGCUGUACAAAGUGGAUUUUCUGUACCAAAUAUUUCCAAGUUUAUUUCUGCCAUUAAUACUAUUGUGGCCUGCGCUCUUGGUAUUUUAUUGUUUUUAUUCUUACUAGAUGUUGAAAUCGAUGAGGCCGAGAAUACAUCCGAACAAGUCGCGCCUGUUGCUGCCGAUGUCGAAGAACCGUCUCAAUUAGAGGAAGUUGAUUAG